AUGGCGCCCGUUCUCACAGGACACAGGAGCCCCCCGCCAUACCACCCGUUCUCACAGGACACAGGAGCCCCCCGCCAUACCGCCCGUUCUCACAGGACACAGGAGCCCCCCGCCAUACCGCCCAUUCUCACAGGACACAGGAGCCCCCCGCCAUACCACCCGUUCUCACAGGACACAGGAGCCCCCCGCCAUACCACCCGUUCUCACAGGACACAGGUGCCCCCCGCCAUGCCGCCCGUCCUCACAGGACACAGGAGCCCCCCGCCAUACCGCCCGUUCUCACAGGACACAGGAGCCCCCCGCCAUACCGACCAUUCUCACAAGACACAGGAGCCCCCCGCCAUGGCGCCCGUUCUCACAGGACACAGGAGCCCCCCGCCAUACCACCCGUUCUCACAGGACACAGGAGCCCCCCGCCAUACCGCCCGUUCUCACAGGACACAGGAGCCCCCCGCCAUACCGCCCACUCUCACAGGACACAGGAGCCCCCCGCCAUACCACCCGUUCUCACAGGACACAGGAGCCCCCCGCCAUGCCGCCCGUCCUCACAGGACACAGGAGCCCCCCGCCAUACCGCCCGUUCUCACAGGACACAGGAGCCCCCCGCCAUGCCGCCCGUUCUCACAGGACACAGGAGCCCCCCGCCAUACCGCCCACUCUCACAGGACACAGGAGCCCCCCGCCAUACCACCCGUUCUCACAGGACACAGGAGCCCCCCGCCAUGCCGCCCGUCCUCACAGGACACAGGAGCCCCCCGCCAUACCGCCCGUUCUCACAGGACACAGGAGCCCCCCGCCAUGCCGCCCGUUCUCACAGGACACAGGAGCCCCCCGCCAUGCCGCCCGUUCUCACAGGACACAGGAGCCCCCCGCCAUGCCGCCCAUUCUCACAGGACACAGGAGCCCCCCGCCAUGGCGCCCGUUCUCACAGGACACAGGAGCCACCCGCCAUACCACCCGUUCUCACAGGACACAGGAGCCCCCCGCCAUACCGCCCGUUCUCACAGGACACAGGAGCCCCCCGCCAUACCGCCCAUUCUCACAGGACACAGGAGCCCCCCGCCAUACCACCCGUUCUCACAGGACACAGGAGCCCCCCGCCAUACCGCCCAUUCUCACAGGACACAGGAGCCCCCCGCCAUGGCGCCCGUUCUCACAGGACACAGGAGCCCCCCGCCAUACCACCCGUUCUCACAGGACACAGGAGCCCCCCGCCAUACCGCCCGUUCUCACAGGACACAGGAGCCCCCCGCCAUACCGCCCAUUCUCACAGGACACAGGAGCCCCCCGCCAUACCACCCGUUCUCACAGGACACAGGAGCCCCCCGCCAUGCCGCCCGUUCUCACAGGACACAGGAGCCCCCCGCCAUGCCGUCCGUUCUCACAGGACACAGGAGCCCCCCGCCAUGCCGCCCGUUCUCACAGGACACAGGAGCCCCCCGCCAUACCUCCCGUUCUCACAGGACCCAGGAGCCCCCCGCCAUACCACCCGUUCUCACAGGACACAGGAGCCCCCCGCCAUACCGCCCGUUCUCACAGGACACAGGAGCCCCCCGCCAUACCGCCCACUCUCACAGGACACAGGAGCCCCCCGCCAUACCGCCCACUCUCACAGGACACAGGAGCCCCCCGCCAUACCACCCGUUCUCACAGGACACAGGAGCCCCCCGCCAUGCCGCCCGUCCUCACAGGACACAGGAGCCCCCCGCCAUACCGCCCGUUCUCACAGGACACAGGAGCCCCCCGCCAUGCCGCCCGUUCUCACAGGACACAGGAGCCCCCCGCCAUGCCGCCCGUUCUCACAGGACACAGGAGCCCCCCGCCAUACCGCCCACUCUCACAGGACACAGGAGCCCCCCGCCAUACCACCCGUUCUCACAGGACACAGGAGCCCCCCGCCAUGCCGCCCGUCCUCACAGGACACAGGAGCCCCCCGCCAUACCGCCCGUUCUCACAGGACACAGGAGCCCCCCGCCAUGCCGCCCGUUCUCACAGGACACAGGAGCCCCCCGCCAUGCCGUCCGUUCUCACAGGACACAGGAGCCCCCCGCCAUGCCGCCCGUUCUCACAGGACACAGGAGCCCCCCGCCAUACCACCCGUUCUCACAGGACACAGGAGCCCCCCGCCAUACCGCCCGUUCUCACAGGACACAGGAGCCCCCCGCCAUACCGCCCAUUCUCACAAGACACAGGAGCCCCCCGCCAUACCACCCGUUCUCACAGGACACAGGAGCCCCCCGCCAUGCCGCCCGUCCUCACAGGACACAGGAGCCCCCCGCCAUACCGCCUGUUCUCACAGGACACAGGAGCCCCCCGCCAUGCCGCCCGUUCUCACAGGACACAGGAGCCCCCCGCCAUACCACCCGUUCUCACAGGACAAAGGAGCCCCCCGCCAUCGCCAUACCACCCGUUCUCACAGGACACAGCCCACUAGGCCAGAAGCCUAAGAGAGAGUAG